AUGGCAACACCUCGUCGAAAUGGGCAGCUGUCAUCGUGUGAGCCUUGUCGGAAGUCCAAAUUACGAUGCGACCACCAAAGUCCUAUCUGCGGUCGAUGUCUCCACGGCGAGGCUGAACGUUGCUUCUACCAUCCUGCUCCACUAACCCAGCCACGCGAACGCGCCUCUAGGGUGAUAUCGCGGAAACCCACCAGGCGACAGUGCCCGGAAAAUCAGUCGGUCUUUCGUUUGGAUCAGAGGAUCUCCAGCACAGCCACGCAAGGUCCGCCGUCAGUUUCACCACCGGUGACAGAUGAGGGAAAUACAUUAUGCGACCAGCAUAUCGCCCGAUGGGCUGCUAAGGAGAAGCGGAAUCUGGCACCGGGACUUAUGGGGCUGGUCUCCCCCAAAGAUAUUUUCAGUGAGUAUGAAGAUACCCUACGUGUCGAAGAGGCAGCCAGCCUACCAGCAGCGACAGUACCAGCAACUACAUAUCCACUCAGCGACUCCAGUCAGGUGUUGCUAGGCGCUCAGAUUCUAUCACAUCUGCAGAAGAUCAGCUGGUUCCAUGAGAUCAUUGAAUUGAAGAACAAGCUAUCUCCAGGGUGGUUUCUAGGGCCCCCCUUAACUCGCGCCUUGUUCAAUUCUAUGGAGCAAAUGUAUGAUUGUGCAGUUCGGAACUCUCAGGAUACCCAUGCAUCGCUAGCUACCUUGUCCCGUCAAAUAUGUGUCAACACAUCCAAAGAUAUUCGGACACAUCCAAAAAUGAAUGUGUCUGAGUAUUUUAAUUCAAUAGCGCCGAGGUGGGAGACAAUUGGACUUGUAUUCGCCCUGUUGGGGAGAGCCUUAUUCCGCACACCCGAUGAUGACCCGAUUUUCACACAUCGCAACCCAUGGAAGCUUGAAAAAGGCCAGCUCAGAAAUAUCGCCACCGCCAUUGGUGAUAUUUGCUGCCAAUUUUGCAAUAGUGCUGGAACAACUAGCGAUCCUUUUUGCUGGCUCAUAAUCCAGCAGUUGGUUCUCUUGAAUUCGACGUUUGGCGACAGCGACUAUAGGGUCUGGCAAAAGCUUGGAGAUCUAUCUACCAUUAUUUACGAAUUCGGCUUGCACCAAUCUGGUGAAGACAUUGAAGAAAACUUUCCGUUCUUCUUGGUGGAGAUACGAAAGCGAACCAUGGUGUGCGCAUACGCGAUUGAUAAGCAACUAGCGACCUCCUUGGGGCGUCCCCCACGGAUCUGUUCUCGAUACUGUACCAUUCCGCUUCCCUUGGAUAUCAGUUGUGAGAAGUUGGUCCUUACACGAAGCGAAAGAGAGAAGGCAAUGCAGAAUCUCGACGAGAAUGGUUGGAACACCGAAGGAUAUCUGACCAUUGGCGUCAAGCUUCGCGUCGUGCUACUGGUCAGCCUGAUGCGAGAAAGUAUUCUAGAACUGUCCUUGAGUCCGACAACUGAGCAUAUUCCAGCCAAAGUUGAGUUCGUAUCCCAUUAUAGAAUUCAUGUCAUGUUGAUAACAUGGACUGACCACAAGGAACCAUACAGAAAGUUGAUUCAGGAAUCUCGUCAGAUGCAACAAGACCUUCCCUCGUUUUUGCAAUGGUCUCCCGAGGAAGCUGCAGCAGGUGCUUAUAACUCUACACGAGAUGAGGGCCGCGCCUUCGUUCACAUAGAAUUUACGUACCAGGAGUUUUUGCUACAUCGGAUCUUGCAAAAGCGCCUCGGGAGGAAUUCACAAGGCCUUAUUGAAAGUUCUUUGGAGAUAGUUACCACGCUAUCAGACAUUAUUGGCAUGCGGACCCGAUAUGAUCACUUGGUGGACGAUAUGUCGUGGGAUGUAAGACUAUUCUGGCCUCAAUACUACAAUGGGACCUUUCUUACGAGCUCACCUUCUUCUAGUUAUGCCACAUCGGUCUCCCUGCUGCAGGCAUCCUGA